AUGGUUGAAGAUUCGAAAGUAAGAGAUGCUAUGAGAGCAGGUGAACAGAAAGCCUUGCCAGCUUCAUUAGUUCCACAAGCACCUCCAGUUUUGACAUCCAAAGAUAAGGUUACUCAGAGACUGAUUGUGGUAUUGAGUAUGGCAUCUUUAGAGACUCAUAAGAUUUCAUCAUCUGGACCAGGUGGUGAUAAAUAUGUUUUAUUAAAUUGUGAUGAUCAUCAAGGUGUGUUGAAGAAGAUGGGUAGGGAUAUCAGCGAAGCCAGACCUGAUAUUACCCACCAAUGUCUUUUAACAUUAUUAGAUUCACCAAUCAACAAAGCUGGGAAAUUACAAGUAUAUAUUCAAACCAGUCGAGGUGUAUUAGUCGAAGUGAACCCAACUGUUCGUAUUCCAAGAACUUUCAAAAGAUUCUCAGGGUUGAUGGUGCAACUAUUACACAAACUAUCUAUCAGAUCUGUUAACUCCGAAGAGAAAUUAUUAAAAGUAAUCAAGAACCCAAUCACUGAUCAUCUACCAACUAAAUGUCGUAAAGUAACAUUAUCAUUUGAUGCUCCAGUGGUAAGAGUACAAGAUUACAUGGAAAAGCUAGACGAUGACGAAAGUAUAUGUUUGUUUGUAGGUGCCAUGGCAAGAGGUAAAGACAAUUUCGCUGAUGAAUAUGUUGAUGAGAAAAUCGGUUUAUCCAAUUAUCCACUAUCAGCCUCAGUAGCUUGCUCAAAGUUCUGUCACGGUGUUGAAGAUACAUGGAAAAUUCUAUAA